AAUAUAGUCUGAAAUCAUUCAAAUAGUCUCAUUUGAUACAGCAACAUGUUCACUAAAGUAGUAUUACUCGCCGCUUGCCUAUUUGGCUUGGCUCAGGCGGGAGCGUUGGCCGGGUAUGGUGGUCUUGGAAGUCUUGGCUACGGUUCUGGACUUGGCUACGCCGGUGUGGGCCAUGUAGCUGGGCUUGGCUACGGUAGCGUCGGCGGUUUGGGAUACGCCGGUGCCCCUGCGACGUCUUACGUUCACCGUGUUGACCACACUGGACAUGGUUACGGCCUUGGUGGUUACGGAGCUGGCUACGGCGCUGGUUACGCUGGCUACGGACGUGGACUGUAUGGUCACGGUGGCUGGUAAAUGAUUCACGAAUUGACAUCAGGCAAUGGCGUUUUAUGUAUGUAUUGUAAUGAAAUAUAAUGACAUAUUACGUGGUUCGAUGUUAACAGGGCCCUCAUAGUGUGCUUCAUACAUACUAUUCUCAUCAAAAUACCAACAUUGGCCUUAUUGGAAAUGAAGCGUAAAGCACUGGACCACAUUUUGGAAAAUACUAUCUAUAUAUAGCUAUGUAUUUACAUUUUUAUUUCUAUCAGUUCUAUCACCCAAUUUUUUUUUAAAUAUGUAAUAAUGUAACAUAACGAUUUAUUUAUUUUUAAUUUUUUAUGUGUCUAUUGAAAUAAAACAUGAAUAAUCAUAAAAUUUUUAA